AUGUCCUUCCAACCCUUGAAGGACAAAGUCGCAGUGGUGACUGGAGCUUCGUCUGGAAUGGGUCGAGCAAUCGCCUUGAGACUUGCUGAGAAAGGUGCGAAAAUCAUCUGCUGUGAUUUGAGAGCGGAGGCCAAUCCUUCUGGCUACGAAAACGAUAUUUCUACCACAACAGUAGAUCUCAUCACGGCAAGCGGUGGCAUAGCAGUCUUCGAAAAAGUCGACAUUUCAGCAGUGUCAGAGGUCGAAGGCACCUUUUCUCGAACAAUAUCCCAGUUUCAUCGCCUUGAUAUCCUGAUCAAUUGCGCUGGAUAUUGGGCGCCGUUCCGAGACUUCGCGAACGAAGACGACGAGCUUUGGGCGAAGAUGUCUGCAAUCAACACUCUUGGCACUGCUAGAGCAAUGCGCCUCGCCAUCCGCCAGUUUCUAAAGCAAGAAUUUGAUCCGAUCUGGGGCAGUCGAGGACGUAUUGUCAACAUUUCGUCGUGUGCCGCUGUGGUCGCCUUUCCAGGCGAGGUUGCAUAUUCAGCGACCAAAGCAUCCGUCAACCACAUGACACGCGCUGGGGCACUAGACCAUGCAAAGGAUUCAAUCAAUAUUAACUGUGUUGCUCCGGGCGUUGUUGCAACGGGUAUGGCGCGUCAGAAUAUUGAGGAUGCAGACAUCCUCGCGUUGAUGCAAAAGUCAACACCAUGGCCCAGGAUUGGACGAGCAGGAGAUAUUGCUGGAGUCACUGUGUUUCUCUGCCUUCCCGACUCACAAUGGAUGACAGGACAAGUUCUCGCGGUCGACGGAGGAUUGACUCUUGGAGUCGCUCCGUGA